AUGAAUCGUCGUGGUGGUCAUCUGUGGAGAGACCAUAUGCUGUCGCUGCACAGCGAACAUGAUCGGUGGGGUACAUACCUAGCCAGAAGAUCCAUCGAGGAAGAGGAUCUUCAGUUUGUUGACUACACCGUUGCAUGGGAACGGUACCGUGGUUUCCAGAGCAACAUCGCCAACUAUGUUCAUGGCGUGAAUGAUGUUGGCAGAAGGUCUAGGUCUAGGUCUGUGGUUGACCUCAACAGUGAGCAAGCUCGUGUGGAUGAUGAUGAUGAUGUUGAUGAGAUCUUUACGGAUGAAGAAGAAGAUGAUGGCAUGACCAUUGCUCAAAGAAGCAGAUCGAGAAAGAAGUGA